GCUGCCGCAGUCCAGCCCUGGCCGCAGUCACUGAAACAUCUCAGUCCUUAAAAUCGAAUAGCAUGUAUGAAUUAAAUUUUAAGGUGAACUAAUAUCAUAUAAACAUAAAACCAAUUUGCCUCAAUUCAGUUUGAACAACAAAGGAGUUCAAUCAUAUUUUCAGCAUGCUGAUAAAUAAGUGACCGUGAACUCUCCUCACAUCAUCCUAGUUUUCAUACCUAAAGCUACAUAAUAUGUUCACGGAAGUAAAUCAUUUCCUAAAACAAAUCUGGUGGGCCUUGUCGUCCUAUGUCAUCGCUACAAAAUAUGUUAUUUGGGAAUUUUAUCUCAGAAAAUGCGGCAGAAUUAAGAGGCUUAAAUUGGACGAUUUUCCAAAACAAGACGAUAAAUGGGCACUUGUCACAGGUGGAAGUAGAGGUAUCGGACUGGAAAUUGUUCAUAAUUUAUUACAAUGUGGAUAUAACGUAAUAAUAGGUUCUUCUUCCCCUGAAGAGAAAAGAAAUAUUUUGCAAACUACUUUGCAAAGGAAAUUUAUGAAAUGCGAAGUGGAAGUAUGGCAUUUGGAUUUAGCAUCAUUGAAGUCAGUAAAGCAAUUUGCUGAAAAAUAUUUAUUAACAAAAACUUCUUUGCAUUUAUUAAUAAACAAUGCUGGUAUCAUGUUUGUUAAAGAGGAAACGACAGAGGACGGGUAUGAAAAGCAUUUUGCUGUCAAUUAUUUGUCACAUAGCCUUUUAACAAUGCUUUUACUACCUCUACUUUCCAAGAGUGGGACUCAUGAAAAGCAUUCAAGAAUAGUCAAUUGUACUUCUUGCAUUCAUUAUGUAGGAAAUAAUGAUCUAUUGAACUUCAAAGAAUGGAAAUAUUAUUCUAAGCACAAGGCAUAUAUUCAAUCGAAACUGGCUCAAGUAUUGUUCACAUAUUCGUUGCAUCAGAAGCUACAAACAAAUAAAAUAAAUGUGGAUGUUAAUUGUGUUCAUCCAGGGGUAGUUAACACUGACUUGAUGACAUCAGCUUUAAUACUUCCCUUCAUAGGAGCUUUAUUUUUAAAGACAGCAAAAGAUGGAGCAGAUACUGCUACUUACGUUGCUUUAAGUCCAGAUAUAGAAGGAAAUGGUGGAAAUUAUUUAGAAGAUAAAACAAUUUUACAAUCAAGUAAACAGUCUUAUAAUGUUAAGCUUCAGCAAACGUUCUGGAGUAAAACAAUAGAAGAAUUACAACAGUGGAUGGAUGUUGAAAAAUUCAAUGAACUUAUCAAGAAAUAAUUGACAACUAUAGACUUUAUUCAAUUUCAUAAAUAAAAACACACGAUCUCAUAUUUUUAAAACAAUGUUAUAUAUACAAUGCAAAGAAACAAAAACUUGUCUUUGAAAGUAAGAGUGAUGAAACAGGAUGAUAUGAACAACUGAAAUCUAAACAUCAUUUGUUUUCCUUUAAUUCUCUUUCAGUGAAACAUCUGGAAAUAAAACAAAAUAUGAAAUAAAAUAAAACAAAAUUUGUAUU